GCUUCUUCUGAAUUGCUCGCGGGAAAGUCCUAACGAGGGUAAACAGUUCGGCGUGCGAGUAUGGAAGACUACGAGGAGGUGGAUGGUAUAGAGGACAACUUUGAGGAGCAGUUUGCAGACGAAUUGGAGGUGUUGGCGUCUAUGAGCGAUGGUGAAAGUGCUGUUUCUAAGCCAAAGAGACCAAAGUUGGAAGCUGUUAAAAAACUGAACUUCGACCAUACUGGUACUGACCAUCAUGAUGACAUCACCCCUCCCUCUUCACCUGAGGAGUACACCAGGAAGCCAGAGAACAGGAACUCGAAGCUUUUCUUUCAGAAUUUGCUUGACAUCAGUGAUAUGGCACCUCUUCAAGAGACCCCAAUAAAGCCAGUGCGGACCCAAGUCCUGAAAAGGCCACCUUUCAUGGAGGACUACGUUAAUGUGACUUCCAGUGACGGGAUCCGUGUAUUUAUGGUGCUGAAAGAUGAUGAUUCUGGCACUGGUGUGCAGCUUCAGGAUGCAGAGGCAGGCUGGAAUAGUCAGAGGCAGCUGAAUCUGCUUGGAGUUCCUUUCUCGACCUUAAAGGACAGCAUUACACAAGAACACCAUAGGCGAGUGAUGGAGGAAUGCCAAAGGCUAUCCAACCAAAUAAACAGUCAGGUUGAUCAUGAAUUCAGUGAAAUUGAUGUCCUAGAGGAUGAAGAGUCUGAUGAUGAAGACUCCAGUACUAGCCGUCUCUGGGUAGACAAAUUUACUCCCAUGCGUUACACAGAGCUGCUCAGUGAUGAUUAUACAAAUCGAUGCUUAUUAAAGUGGCUAAAACUAUGGGACACAGUGGUAUUUGGAAAAGAGAAGUCUGCACAGAGAGCCAAGCCCUCUGUUCCUGAGAACAGACAACCCUUUAAGCAACAAAAGGAACAGCAGCAGAAGUGGAAAACAAAGACACAAAUAACUGAGGAGAUUUUGGAAGCUGAUUUAGACCAGCACAACAGGCCCAAGUUCAAGGUUGCAUUGCUGAGUGGCCCCCCUGGCCUUGGAAAAACAACUCUGGCACACAUCAUUGCAAAACAUGCUGGGUACAAUGUGGUGGAGAUGAAUGCAAGUGAUGAUCGUAGUGUUGAAGCCUUCCAGAAGAAAAUAGACACAGCAACUCAAAUGAAGUCCGUCUUGGGAGCAAAUGAAAAGCCCAACUGUCUGGUCAUUGAUGAGAUAGAUGGCGCACCACAGGCUGCCAUUAAUGUUUUACUGAAUGUCCUCAAUCGCAAAGACAGCAAGGAGAGUGAAACUGGUACUGGCUCUAAGAAGAAGAAGAGUGAACGUCUGCUGCUUCGACCCAUUAUCUGUAUCUGUAAUGAUCUUUAUGUACCAGCUUUAAGGCAGCUGCGCCAGCAAGCAUUUUUGUUAAGUUUUCCACCAACACUGCCAUCCAGACUAGUUCAGAGACUCUGUGAGAUUGCCAGGAAGCAGGGAAUGAAAGCAGAUACAGGAGCUCUAAUGGCACUAUGUGAAAAGACUGAGAAUGACAUCCGGGCUUGUGUGAACACAUUGCAGUUCCUUCACAGUCGAGGUCGAAAGGAUGUGUCAAUGAAGGACAUGCAGACUAUGCGUUUUGGACUGAAGGACCAGAACAGAGGGCUCUUCUCAGUCUGGCAGGAGAUCUUCCAGCUCCCCCGAGUUAAGAGGAAGAGAAUCGGCCAGGAACUGUUUUUACCCACUCCUGCUCUUGAGACACGUGAGGAUGAGCCUGUAAGCACUGGGAGUGUUGCACAGAACGCAGCAGCCCAAAGAUUCUAUCACAUUCUACAUUUGACCACAUCCACGGGUGAUCAUGAGAAGGUUACACAGGGCCUUUAUGACAACUUUCUUAAUAUGAAGUUCAAGGACCCACAUUUAAUUUCACUGUGCUUGGCCCUUGAGUGGCUUGAAUUUACAGAUCAUCUGAACCAGCAAAUCUUGCAUAAUCAGAACUUUAGCCUAAUGCGCUACUUGCCCUUCCUACCUGUUACUUUCCACCAGCUUUUUGCUGCUUCCUCUGUGCCCCGUAUAAACUAUCCAAAUAGCCAGUUUGAGUUUCAGACCAAGAAGACGCAAAUGGACAAUCUUCUUACAACUUUGUUCACAGAUAUCAGCCCCACGAUUCGCAGCAACCUGGCACCACAGGGUCUUGUCAUGGAGGCACUCUCUCUCGUGCUGGAAAUCAUGUCUCCAAAAAUGAGACCGGUUAACCCUCAACUGUAUAGCACCCGUGAGAAGCAACAGCUCUCUGAUUUGAUUAAUGCCAUGCUGACCUAUAAUCUCACUUAUCACCAAGAGCGCACGGCAGAUGGGCAGUAUGUGUACCUGCUGGAUCCAAAUGUGGAAGAGCUGUGCCACUUUCCAAAUUUGCCACCACGAAGACAAAUGACGUAUCAGGCCAAGCAGAUGAUUGCUCGAGAAAUUGAGGUGGAGAAAAUGAGAAAGAUGGAGGCUCUUAUUCAGGCCCGCAACAGUAAGCGGAAUCAAGAUGAGAAUCUACAGGUGGACUGUAACAAAGAUGAGAGCACAAAAGUCUCCAUAAAGAACCACCAACAGAGGCUGGAAAAUAUUGUGAAGCAGGCCAGUAUUCAAGACAAGCCAGCAGUGGACUUCUUUGGGCGGUGUGUGAUAAAGGAAAAAUUAUCAUCUACCUCCACUACAGAACCUGCAGCGGAAUCAGCAGAGCAGCGAAUUGGCAAAGCAGUAGGCAACAGUGAUGUCUGGUUCCGGUUCAACGAGGGUGUGUCCAAUGCAGUGAGGCGCAAUGUGUACAUCCGUGAUCUUCUGUAGAAUAAGAAGAAAGAGCAAUUAGACAUGUCAAGAAGCUAUGCCUGUGACACUUCGUUGCUAAUAAGGAACAUGGAGUAGAAAACCUUUAUUCCUACAGAUCUCUUGUUGAAGCACUGAAGUACAUUAAAGGAAAAAUAGCCAGUUC